CCAUUUGAGACACAGCCGCGCUGACGGUUUGGAACGCGUCCGCAGCGUUCUGACGCCGGGCCGUUCGAAACCUUCUGAUUUGUCGGAAACACCGAAUGCCGCCGUUGAUUGGUUGCUCGUUUAGAACCCGCCCUUCAAAUCCGGAUGUUUUGGUCGUCCGAGCGCCUCAUGGCCCGACCGGCGGAGUGAAAUAUGAAGUAAAACAGUGUUUUUUCCUCCUUCUUUCAUCUCUUUAACCUGCUUUUCCAUCUGUGCGGCGAUGCUGCCCGAUAUAAAGGGCUCGUGUCCGUUCGCCGAGGACAGCUUUAGUCGCUUUCCCUCUCAGAGCAACAUGUACGGACUCUGCCAGGCCGGAGAUCAGGAGCUGCUCGCCGCUACGCUCAAAGGCAAAGUGGUGUGUUUCAGAUACCAGGACCUGCAGCAGAAGAUCAGACCUGUGGCCAAAGAGGUGCAGUUCACCUACAUACCAGUUGAUGCUGAGAUUGUCUCCAUUGAUGCGUUCAACAAGUCUCCCCCCAACAGAGGCCUGGUGGUGGGCAUCACUUUUAUCAAGGACUCGGGAGAUAAGGCCACUCCGUUUCUGAACAUCUACUGUGACUAUGAGCCGGGGUCAGAGUUCAAUCUGGAGUCCAUUGCACAGAGCUGCCUGAACCUGGAGCUGCAGUUCACCCCCUUCCAGCUCUACCACACUGAGUUGCAGUUCGGAGAGGGUCAGAGAGAGACUGUGUUUCUGCUCAGUGGACAUGACCAGCGCAUUCACCUCUACAAAGAGAAUGCCUCGCUGCACCAGUUUGAGGAGCAGCCAGUGGAGAGGCUCUUCCCUGAACUUAAAGAGCUGCCAAGCAAUGUGCUGUGGCUGGAUGUUUUAAGUAUUGACGAUGGUCGUCGUCUCACCGCGUUUGGCUGUCAGAACGGUUGUGUUGGACUCGCUCUCGUCAACCAGAGAGGACCUGAGAUUCUCCAGAGUUGGCGUUUACAGCAGGACAGUCCGAUAUCCACAGUGUCCCUCUUCCCUCUGAAGCUGCCGGCCCACAACAGUAACACAGAGGGGCUUCAGGUGGACGAGGUGACCGAGGUAACAGAGUAUAACCUCUUGGUGACCAGCACUAUUGAGAUGGCUGUUGUUUACAGAGAUGUGGAGCGGUGUGGUGUCAGCAGGCCGGUGUGUUUAUCAGACAGCGAUCAGUGUGACGCUGUUCUGUGUGCUCUGCUUAUUGAUCUGGACUUUGACGGACAGCUGGAGGUGUUAUUGGGAACGUAUGGUCAGGACCUUCUGUGCUACAAAUUUCAGCAGCCAGUUGGAGCAACAGAGGGGCAGUUCCAGUUGAUGUGGAGGCGGAGCUUCAAGAGCCCCCUGCUGUCAAUCAUUUACCUGGACCUCACAGGGGACGGGGUGAAGGAACUGGCCAUUCUUACAAUAAAAGGACUGCACAUUUUACAGCACAGUCUCACGAGUACAGCCGACCUCGUCCUUCAGCGUCUGGCCAACAGAGUGGCCAAACUGUCUGCUGCACCCAAAGACCAGCCAAUCACAAAGCAGGACUGUGAACGGACAACAGCUUCAUCCUCAUAGACUGCGCACAACUACACUAUAUAUUCAGACGUAUCCAGACAGCCCAUCUAAUGAGUGAAUCCAGCUACUUUGAGGUUCAUCCAUAGCUUUUAAUACAGCUUCUAUAACAUGUAGUCGCCAUAGAAAAGCACUGAUCAAUAGAAAGGGAUGUUCCAGAGCAGCUGCAGGAGUCGACCGUGUAGGUUUCCCAUACGAUCUGUUAGCAAACGGAGAGCUAAUCUCAGCAUGGUUGGGUCAGCUUGAUGCUUCCUGUAAGUCAGCUGAUUCUUACACUCUCACUCUGCUAUUAAGAAAUGGUAGAUGGUACUAUGGGUGGGCAGUAUGACAAUGUUUUAUCGGUAUUGUGAUAAAUUUUGUCACAGUAUGCUUUACUGACCAUAU